AUGGAUGCAGGGACAAGCAGUACACAAUCUUACAGAAACAGACACAAGCAGUACAUAUCAACAGAAACAGAGACAAGCAAUUGCAAAUAUUACAGAGGCAGGCUCUACAAAAACACAUGUAGCACACAAUCAUACAGAGACAAGCAGUACACAAUCACACAGAGACAAGCAAGACAAACACAGAUACAGGGACAAGCAGCCAACAAUCUCACAGAAGCAAAAACACAAUCCUACAUAAACAGACAAGGACAAACAGCAAACAAUCUUAAAGAAACAGAGACAAGCAGCACACAAUUCUACAGAAGUAGAGACAAGCAGCACACAAUUCUACAGAAACAGAGACGAGCAGCACACAAUCCUACAGAACUAAAGGCUAAGCAACACACAAUUCUACAAAAACAGAGACAAGCAGCACAAAAUCCUAUGGAAGCAGAGAAGAGCAGAACACAAUCUUACAGAUCUAUGCAAAGGCAAGCAACAAACAAUCCUACAGAAGCAGAGAAAAGCAGGAUACAAUCUUACAAAAGAAAGAGAGACAAGCAACACACAAUCCUACAGAAAGAGAGACAAGCAGCACACAAUCCUACAGAAAGAGAGACAAGCAGCACACAAUCCUACAGAAAGAGAGACAAGCAGCACACAAUCCUACAGAAAGAGAGACAAGCAGCACACAAUCCUACAGAAGCAGAGUUGAGCAGCACACAAUCUUACAGAAGCAGAGCCGAGCAGCACAAUCCUACAGAAGGAAAGAUAAGCAGCACUCAAUCCUACAAAGCAGAGACAAGCAGCACACAGUCUUACAGAAGCAGAGACAAGUAG